GGAAGCGGGCCCUGCGGGCUGGGCAAGCACACAGGGCGGGCUUUUAAAGGGAUCAUUCCCUACUCCUGCUUGCUUGCUCGCCGGGACUGUGAAAGUUGGUGGUCCCGGUAGUCGGAGUGUAGGAGACAGAGGUGAAGCCGGGCUGUGAGACCCUCGGAAGGCGACAAGGCAGAAGAGGCUUGUGGAAAUACCUUCCUAGGACAAGUAUUCUGCCACAUCCUAACCUCACUGGCGUGCUCAACCAUGGCCAGACCUCCCGUGCACGGUUCGGUGAUUGUCCCAGACUGGCAUGAGACCGUCGAGGGCAAGGAGUACUUAGCCUGCAUCCUGCGCAAGAAUCGCCGGCGGGAGUUUGGGUUGCUGGAACGGCCAGUGCUACCCCCUUCAGUGGCCAUUGAUACUGCCAGCUACAAGAUCUUUGUGUCCGGAAAGAGUGGUGUGGGCAAGACCGCACUGGUGGCGAAGCUGGCAGGCCAGGAAGUGCCUGUAGUGCACCAUGAGACGACUGGUAUUCAAACUACUGUGGUGUUUUGGCCGGCCAAGCUAAAGGCCAGCGACCGUGUGGUCAUGUUCCGCUUUGAGUUCUGGGACUGUGGCGAGUCUGCCCUCAAGAAAUUUGAUCACAUGUUGCCGGCUUGCAAAGAGAAUGCAGACGCCUUCCUGUUCCUCUUUUCUUUCACUGACCGAGCCUCCUUCGAAGACCUUCCUGGACAGUUAACCCGCGUAGCCAGCGAAGCCCCUGGGGUCGUCAAGAUGGUCAUUGGCUCCAAGUUUGACCAGUACAUGCACACAGACGUACCAGAGCGAGACCUCACGGCCUUCCGGCAGACCUGGCAACUGCCCUUGUUACGGGUGAAGAGUGUGCCAGGGCGGCGGCUGGCAGAUGGGCGUACGCUGGACGGUCGGGCUGGGCUGGUUGACGUUGCGCAUGUGCUCAACGGCCUUGCAGAGCAGUUGUGGCACCAGGACCAGGUGGCAGCCGGCCUGCUCCCCAGCUCCCCAGAGAAUGCUCCUGGCUGAAGGGUGAUGGCAUCUUGAGUAGAGACAGGGACUGAUGAUCCCCACUCCCGUCUCUUGGGUGACCCAGGAUUGAUGGUGGGACCUAGGGCCCAAGGCUGAUGCAAGGACACUGUUCUGUCCUCGGGACUGGCUGGGGAGGGCCUUCACCUGACUGUCAGAUGGGGACACAAGGCUCCAGAGCUGGAAGGUCUCCCAGCCCCACAGCCCUUCACCCUUCUGCAGCACCCACCGAGGUCUCAGAAGGACCCUGGACCUCUCUUGACUUCAGCCAGGAGCAUUAUUGGUUGAAAUAACACCACUUGCUCUAACAGAUAAACUCUGACAUCUCAGCGGCUGAACUCUGUAGAUGUGUUUUGUUUUGGUUGGUUUUUUGUUCCUUUGGCUCCCUGCACCGACUCAGAGGUGUGUUCCCAGUUUAUUAGCAUCCUGUGCAGCAGACACGGAAUGAGUGCUUAUUGAAGGCUACCGGAGGAGGAUGGGGUUACCUCAGGGCUCGAGUCUCUCCAGGUCCCUCAGCGGUUCAGAGUACUGGUUACUCUACCAAAGGACUCAGGUUUGGUUCCCAGAAUCCACAUUGUGGCUCCUAAGGGUUUGUAAUUCCAAUUCCAGGGGAUCCAGCAUUCUCUUCUGGCUUCCUCAGGCCCCAGGCACAUAUGAGGCACACCGCCCUAUAUGACUCCAGUUCACGGGGAUUUGAUUUCUGAGGGCACCAGGCACACACAUGGUGCACAGACAUACAUGCAGCUCAG